CAGUUCACAGGUUUAGUUCCUUUUCUUUUCUCCACUCCAUCACAUCAGUCUUGCUUUUCAUUAAAACCAAUGUGAUUUCUCUGUGAAAUUUCAUGCCUUGGAUUGCACUUAAUGCUCUACAAUUCAACAAGGUUUCUGGGUCAUCAUUGAUCUUGUUCUAGUGAGGUGUUUAGAGCUGAAUUGGUUAAAUUAAUGGCGGAUUUGGUAGGGCCUAGAUUGUACAGCUGCUGUAAUUGCCGAAACCAUGUUUCACUUCAUGAUGAUAUAGUUUCUAAAGCCUUUCAGGGAAAACACGGUCGAGCUUUUCUGUUCUCCCAUGCGAUGAAUAUAGUUGUUGGGGCGAAGGAAGACAGGCAUCUGAUGACGGGUCUGCAUACUGUGGCUGACAUCUCUUGCGGCGACUGCCAUGAGGUGUUGGGGUGGAAGUAUGAAAGAGCCUAUGAGGCUUCACAGAAGUACAAGGAAGGGAAGUUCAUAUUUGAGAAGUCGAAAAUUGUUAAGGAGGGUUGGUAGCAACUAGCAAGGGGUUGUGCCUUUCAUUCCGAUUGAUAUGUUGUACAGAUCAAGCUUGGGAUCCCUUGAAAAUUGGUC